UAUCCUGUGUGCGCAGUGCAUGAAUGUAUCUGGGCAUCUCCGCGUAUAUUUAUAUAGCGAGUGAUGCGAAAAGCAGGGCUAGGCGAAGAGAGGAAGAGGGGGGUGUGGGGGAGGAAAGACAAGAGAGAGCAGAGAAGAGAGAGGAGAGGGCGAGGAGACAGGAGAGAGAGAGAGAGAGAGAGAGAGAGAGAGAGAGAGAGAGAGAGAGAGAGAGAGAGAGAGAGAUAGGACUUCCUCCCCGAUCGCAAAGUGAAGUCACUUCCCAAAAUUAGCUGAAAAAAAGUUUCAUCCGGUUAACUGUCUCUUUUUCGAUCCGCUACAACAACAAACGUGCACAGGGGAGCGAGGGCAGGGCGCUCGCAGGGGGCACUCAGGGAGGGCCCAGGGCGCCAGAGAGGCCGCACCGUGCUAAUCUGAAGGGGCUACGAGGUCAGGCUGUAACCGGGUCAAUGUGUGGAAUAUUGGGGGGCUCGGCUGCAGACUUGGCCAAAUGGACGGGACUAUUAAGGAGGCUCUGUCGGUGGUGAGUGACGACCAGUCCCUCUUCGAUUCAGCAUACGGAGCGGCAGCCCAUCUCCCCAAGGCAGACAUGACUGCUUCGGGGAGUCCUGACUACGGGCAGCCUCACAAAAUCAACCCCCUGCCACCACAGCAAGAGUGGAUCAACCAGCCAGUGAGGGUCAAUGUCAAGCGGGAGUAUGACCACAUGAAUGGAUCUAGGGAAUCUCCAGUGGACUGCAGUGUCAGCAAAUGCAACAAGCUGGUAGGCGGAGGUGAGACCAACCCCAUGAACUAUAAUAGCUACAUGGAUGAGAAGAAUGGCCCCCCUCCUCCCAACAUGACCACCAAUGAACGGAGAGUCAUUGUGCCUGCAGACCCCACACUGUGGACACAGGAGCAUGUGCGACAGUGGCUAGAGUGGGCCAUAAAGGAAUAUGGCUUGAUGGAGAUUGACACCUCCUUCUUCCAAAACAUGGAUGGCAAGGAACUGUGUAAAAUGAACAAGGACGAUUUCCUCCGAGCCACCUCCGUCUACAACACCGAAGUGCUGUUGUCUCACCUCAGUUACCUCAGGGAAAGUUCACUGCUGGCCUAUAAUACAACCUCGCACACAGACCAGUCCUCAAGGCUGAGUGUCAAGGAAGACCCUUCUUAUGACUCAGUCAGGAGGGGAGGAUGGAGCAAUAAUAUGAACUCUGGCCUCAACAAAAGUCCUCCCCUUGGAGGAGCACAGACCAUGGGCAAGAACACUGAGCAGCGGCCCCAGCCAGACCCUUAUCAGAUCCUGGGCCCAACUAGCAGCCGCCUAGCCAACCCUGGAAGCGGGCAAAUCCAGCUGUGGCAAUUCCUCCUGGAGCUACUGUCUGACAGUGCCAAUGCCAGCUGUAUCACCUGGGAGGGAACCAACGGGGAGUUCAAAAUGACAGACCCGGAUGAGGUGGCCAGGCGCUGGGGAGAGCGGAAGAGCAAGCCCAACAUGAAUUAUGACAAGCUGAGCCGGGCCCUCCGAUACUACUAUGAUAAAAACAUUAUGACCAAAGUGCAUGGCAAAAGGUAUGCCUACAAAUUUGACUUCCAUGGCAUUGCUCAAGCCCUGCAGCCACAUCCAACUGAGUCAUCCAUGUACAAGUACCCUUCUGAUAUCUCCUACAUGCCUUCCUACCACACCCAUCAACAGAAGGUGAACUUUGUCCCUCCCCACCCAUCCUCCAUGCCUGUCACCUCUUCCAGCUUCUUUGGAGCAGCAUCACAAUACUGGACCUCCCCUACUGCUGGGAUCUACCCCAACCCUAGUGUCCCUCGCCAUCCUAACACCCAUGUGCCUUCACACUUAGGCAGCUACUACUAGAACUUAACAUCAGUGGCCUUCUGGCUGAGGUUCCAGCUCUCACUUUACCUGGAUACUCUGAACUCUAAAGGACAUAAGUAGCCUUGAAGAGUCAAGAAAACUGGACAUUCUUUCUUUUGGAUGAAACUUUUGCAUUUGUUCUUUUAAAAAUGAUUAUUUUUAUGUCAAAAACUUUUGCUUCCUCUACCUGAACAAAAAAAAAAAAUUUUUUUUUUUUAAUCAUCCCAUUGGCCAGUAUACCAGUUUGGAUUCUCAGCCUCCUAUCAUCUAUUGAAUUAAAUAUUUAGGUUACUGGAAUGGUUAUGCCAUGGUUCUGAGAAAAAAGUAUAAAUUUUCUUUAUAUUUUUAAUGACCAAAGCAGUUUCUUAUCAAUACACGGGUCUCAUCAUUGUAGGAUUCUAUAGGAUAAUGAAUCAUGGACUGGACCAGGAAUGGUCUGGUUUGAGACUUAGUGAAAAUCAAGGCAGGAUGUUUAUAAUCUUAUCUUAGGAGGACUUAAUUCAGCCGAUGGCAACUGGAACACUGGCUGCAAGGCCAGUGAAGUUUUUGCCCAACUGGAAUUUAAAGGAAAGAUGUGUGUGUAUGUGUGUAUUUAAGAAGCCAUGGGUAUUACAAAAUCCCUCUCAAUGGGCAAUAUGCACUUGGCUGACCAUUCUGUCCAGAAAUAGUCAGAAUAUGAGCUAAGACGUUUUGACACAGACACUCCUAAAGGACGGAGAAUUAAAUAGCUAUUUUUUGUAAUGACAAUGGGUCCCAGUACUUUAAGAAGUCAUAGGGACUUCUAAACUCAGACAGAUUCGCAAGCGCUGUGCGUUUGUCAGAGCACCAGACCACGGUCAACCAAUCAGAAGGCAACUUACUGUAUAAAUUAUGCAGAGUUAUUUUCCUAUAUCUCACAGUAUUAAAAAGUGAAUAAUUAAAAGUUAAAAAGAGUGAAUAAACGAGUUGACCUCGGUCACAAAUGCAGUUUUACUAUCAAAUCAAUCAUUGUUAUUUUUUUAAAUAUAAUUUGUACAUCUUUUGUCAAUCUGUACAUUUGGGCUGUUUGUACGUUUUUAUAGCUGGGUUUUUUUUUUUAAUAAGCAUAAUGUGACUAUUGAUGAAAAGAAACAGGGCGUUUAAAGUCACUGUGUUUUUAGGAAGAAAAGCCGUGGUAUUGUUAUUUAACAGGAAUGCCAGAACAAAAAGAAAGAUUCACGUAGAUCUGCAGAGCUUUAGAAAUGUUUGUAAAUAACAGGGCUACAAUGACCUGAACAGAACAAACUCUGCCUCGUGGAUACGAGGACUUCUGCUCCAUAUAUGCAAUAUAUUUUUAGACGGAAAAUAUAUAUAAUUUUGCAGGUAAUCAUGACUUUUUAAACUAUAUUAAGUGUUAAGCUGACAACUGUCCAAUGAAGACUAUGUUGUAAAAUAAUUUGACUUAAAUAAAUUGUGCCUUCUUCUCUCAGAA